GGAGAAGAAGGGGGUCGAUAAGUACGGGUUGGACGUCGGACCGCGAGAAGAGCAAGCGGAGCGAGCAGGAGCAUCGUCCCUCUUCCUCUGCUUGAACAUAAAGCGAAGCGCUCGCUUCUUCCCCACCUCAUCUCCCAUUCUUCCUUGCCCCUCAAGCAACUCGUCUCUUACCUUUUUCCAAAAAAGGUGAGCAACGAAUGGCCCCCCACAAGCGCCCGCGCCCGCGCCCGCGCCCGCUUCCUCCUCCGCCCGACCACCCCAUCGCCGCCUCUGACGAGGCCUCCCUGACUGGCCUAGACGCCCUGGCGAUGCUGCAGCAGAAGAAGGAUUCCGGCAUCGAGGAAGCUGGCGAUGACGCCCAGACGAUCUCGGAGAAGGAGCUCGCGCAGGAGGCUGAGGAACGGCGGGAGGAUUUCUAUGGCCGGAUUGAUGAGGUUAGAUCGUCGGACGAGGAGUACGACGAAACGAAUUCGCCAGAAUUUCUUUUUGUGAAAGUUGCUGAUGUUCGGGAAAUAGUGCGAUGUCCUAUUUGUUUAGGAAUAAUCCGCAAGACAAGGACAGUAAUGGAAUGCCUUCAUCGCUUUUGUAGAGAGUGUAUUGACAAAUCAAUGAGACUUGGAAAUAAUGAAUGUCCUGCAUGCCGCACUCACUGUGCAAGUCGGCGUUCUUUAAGGGAUGAUCCAAAAUAUGAUGCCCUUAUAGCAGCAUUAUAUCCGGAUAUUGACAAGUAUGAAGAGGAGGAACUAUCUUUCUUUGAAGAGGAGAGAUCCCGCAACCAGAAGAUACAAUUAUAUAUAGCUGAAACAUUUCAACGUCAAUCCGAAGCUCUUGGUCGGAAAAGGUCAACAACUAGAGCUAGUACAUCAUUUGGAAGAAAAUCACAAGGAAGUUAUCUGCGUGGUAGAGGCAGAAAAAAUAUUGCUAGUGACGACACUGCUAAUGCUGACUCUGAUGAAGAAGCGGAUGCAAAUGGCAAUUAUGGAACCAAAGCUUCUUCAGCUACAGAUGAGCCCUCUCCUGACUGGAGGCCAAAGAGACCCAAGGAAUGGGGAACACCCCAAUCUUCUCCUGCUAGGACAUUAGGCAGUGUCAAUGUUAGCAGUGAGGAAAAUGAGGAUUUUGAAAUUAACAGAGAGCCAGUUAGUGCAUCACCUUUGCAAUCAAGAAGCAGAGAGAUUCUCGCCUGGGGGAAGAAUGGUACUCGUAGUCAAACCAGACAUAAUAGUUCUAGCAGUUCAAAUGGUAGGUUGGUAAGAGGGGGCAUGGGCAAAUUGGCUGACUACUUGCGCAAUCUAGAAGAAGUUGAUGAGGAGUUUGAUGUACACGUAAUCAUGGUUCCUUUGGAUGAGAGUAUGCCAAAUUUGGAACAACCGUAUCUUAGCUGCAGGCAAACCUUGUUAAUUACACAUCUUCGCCAAUUCAUUGCACUUCAGGCAUCUGCACAACCUGAAGAAGUUGAAAUAUUUGUGAGGAAGCCUCAAGAUGAGUCUUUGGCAGUCAGGUCUGGCAGCGUAGUAGACAAUGCAUCUACUGAUUUUUCCACAGGUCUGAAGAUAUUGGGAGGAGGAGAAUCUCUUGGGACACUCUACGCUUCUUAUACUGGGGAUAAAGGGGAGCUGGUUUUGGUAUACUAUCUGAAAAUUCAGAGGUAGAGAAAACUCAGCAUUGCAUAACCUGCUCUUUUGACUUAGACGAUGCAAAGCAAGUAAAGUAUAUACCCCCAAUAUACUUAAGGAUAUCAAACCACCACUUAUAGUUUAUCUCAAGAGUAGGGAAAUCAAGAAGCUUGUCUAGAUAAGAAGGGUGGACUGAACUUGAUGAAAGACAAUAGUUGUCAUCCCGAUGUUUACUAGGCUUAAAAUUUGCAGAGCUUUAGACUUGUGUCUAGAUAAUUAAGAAAUGAUCAUCAAUGAGGUUAUUCAAACUGUUUGCCGUUGCUUAAUAAUGUACCUGAAGUUGCAGGAUAUACUUAUUUUUGGCGUGACAAAUCGUUUCA